UAUACGGAGAGCAAAACACGGAGUGGAUAGAAGCAAUCGGAGCUGUGUCCUCUUUGUGGCGUAUUUUGUACUAUAAUUGGAUACACUGGGAGAAACCAAACUAGGGCUCUCCCCAUUUGCCUUGUACAAGCCCAAGCGUUUCUGGGACAAACAGGGCUAGGAAAAAAAGUUCUCAAACUGUGAAUAGUGUGAAAUUUUAGUGCAAGUGCUAAAGUGAUGGAAUUUGUGGGUGAGACGCAAAUUCUAUAGGGAUUUUUUUCAGCCAUUCAUAGCUACUGCUUACGCCCACACUCUUGUUCCUUUGCGACCCACAAUCGAGCCUCCAGGACAGUGGCAGAGAAAUCAAUCGAGUGAUUUUCUCUGCAAAAGUCCAGAAUAUCGAGGACCAAUUUCUCAAAAAAGGUAAAGGACAUCCCUAGUGGCUAGGGUGCGAAAGAGUAUUUUGGGAUUAAACCCUUGGUCUGCGCCUGUGUUUGUGUUUGAUCCCACGGAAAUCGCCAACGCAAAUGAUUUUUUGCUGACGAGUCCGCCAUUUGAAGGAAAAUUUCCCCAGGUGCCCUAAAACGAGGCAUCGCAACGGAUUUUUUAGGACAGACCCCAAGCAGGAUCACGACGCUUCGAACUAUGGGCACAGUAUUGAGUUUUUCGCCACGCGAAAGGCGUCCCGUGUACUCAACACACCAUCACGGAAGUGGCUUGAGCUCUGCCGGAUCGGCGGACUUUGCCCUGAACAAUUUCAGCUACGAACAGCUGAAUAAUGUUCGCAACAGGGAGAACAACAAGCCAUCUCAGCCAGUGCCUAACAAUGCCACCGUUGUUCUCGUGGGUCAGACCCACAAUCACACCAACAGCACUUCCAGUGGAGUGGCCAAUAAUACCAGUCUCCUGGGUACUGACAGUGCGCGCAUUCUGUCAGAGAAGAAUGCCCUGGAGAAGAAUCUCAAGAAGCACUCACUGUUUAUCAAUGCGCUAUCGUGGAAGCGACUGGCGGCAGCAUCGCAUGGGAAGAAGAAGUUGGACAAUAACAAAAAUAAAGCCGCCAAUCUCCCAACAGCCACAUUCCGAACACCCCUUACCGAUGUGAUUCAUCCCCUUGUUGCGGAUAAGAACAAGAAUAUCCAGCAGCAGCCGCAGCAGCAGGUGUUUUUCACUCCGGGUGCCCCAAAGGCACUCCUGGCCCUCGAUUUGGUGCGUGCCAACAACACAAAUCCCACUCAGCAGCCCGACAAACUAGCCCCCAAGCUGCCACUAUCGCUUCCCCUGUCACUCCAGACAGCCGCCGUUACACAACCCCAACAUAGCCAUGGACCGAGAAAGACUGUCAUUCAGGCCUCCACGUCAGAACUCCUAAAGUGCCUGGGAAUGUUUCUGCAUGAUCGCUGCAGAAAACUAAGGGACUUUCAAGCUGGUGACGCUGUUAUGUGGCUGAGAGCUGUCGACAGAAGUUUAUUGUUGCAGGGAUGGCAGGAUGUCGCAUUUAUAAAUCCUGCAAAUGUUGUUUUUGUAUACAUGCUCGUCCGAGAGCUGGUGGAUGGAGAGGAGACUAAGGAAUCCGAAUUACAGGCUGCUGUACUCACUUGCCUCUAUUUGUCGUACUCCUACAUGGGAAAUGAAAUUAGUUACCCACUGAAGCCAUUCCUGGUCGAGGAUUCUAAGGAUAAAUUCUGGGAUAGGUGCCUCCUGAUUGUUAAUCGUCUCAGUGGGAAUAUGCUGAGGAUAAAUGCCGAGCCUGGUUUCUUCACCGAAAUCUUCACGGAGCUGAAGGCUUGUGGCAUGAAUGCCAUCAACAACAAUCCGGCCAAUGGUGUCGCUUGACGCAGACACCCUCGAGAGGUAGUCGUUCGACUCUCGAUUGCUGGUCAGCAGCAGAAAUACCAACAUCAGACAUCGCUCCAAGAGCUCACGAGUGUUGUCUAAAAUAAGUUCUGGAGAUAAGAGAAAUCUCCAAAAUUUAUGCGCCAAAAUGGCAAAUGUGCACUUCCAUCCAGUUCUUUAGCAAAACAAAAAAGAACACAGGGAGUACCGAAGUUUUCACUUUGAUUUGUUGUCUAUUCCUUUUCCACCAAACAUGAAAACAAAAAAGAAACUGAAACUGCGUCGAAUCUUCAUAUUAUUUCCUUGUGUCGUCGUCGUAUUGACAUAAAUGCACUAUUAGUGAAAAUUCGCACUCAACAAAAGAAUAAAAACAAGAAAUAAAUAAAUUAAGAGAAAAGAAUCAAUUUGAAACACAAUAAAGAAAAAUUAAAUGCUGUGUAUCAUUUGAUUGUUCUCAAGAUAUGUUCGGCGUUAAUUUCAAAUUUUUGAAACAAAAAUUGAGAUAAAAAAACGUUAAUUGUGAUGAAAGUAAAACCAUACAGAAAUAUUGAAUAGAAAGAUAUUUAUAUGUGAAUAUGUCGUGAGAUUGUGGCUCUUUCGAAGAGAAAUUUUCUAUAACCAAAAAAAAUUAUUGAAAGAGAAAUGUAAGUUUGAAUAUUUCUUAUAAAAAAAAAUGAUAAACAAAAAGAAAAAUCAAUCGAAUACCAACAUGCAAAUAAAAAUCGACUUCCGCGAAUAAAAUUUUUCAUUUUUCUGUUCAAAAAUUUCUCGUAGUUUAAAGGAGUGUAGAUUGAUAGGAAGGUUUUAUUGAAAAUAAUGGAUUACAUUGAGAUGAAAUCUUAGAAUUAUUCGUAGAGGUUAAAUGAACACACGUAUUAAACAUAAAUUAUACCAUAAGUAGAUGUAAUUGUAAGGGAUUGAAAAUACAAUUUCAAAUUGUAAAGGAUAACUUUGCAAAAGUCAAAAAAAAAAUGUAAGACUCUCUAUGUUUCAGUGACAUUCCCUGCAACUCAAGCACGACUGCUCGUUGUGACAGUAUGUUGCAGAGUGGCUUUCAUUUAAGCAAUUAUUUCACUAAAAAUCAUUUUCAUUGCGCAAAUCUCUUUCUUUGUCACAUUAUACAGUGCAUGUGAUUUUCUCUAAAGAAUAGAUUCAUGUAAAAUAUGUUACAAAACAUUUGUGUCAUUUUUUAGGUAGAGCAAAAAAAAGAAAACAGAUGAAAAUAUUUUCAUAUAACGAAUAAUUCAUAAAUACUUCUACAGUUCAGAGAAAGAAAGAUUUUCUUCAAAGUUAGAGAAAAGAAUAAUUUUCGAGCUCUCCACUGAUUCUUCCAAAGUAUAAAGAAAAAGUUUAGUCUUAUAGACGAAACUCUUAGUAAUAUUUUAUAACUGGAAGUAUUGAUAUUUACACGAAAUGACCAAAUACUUACAUGACAAAACAUUAGAAAAAAAACACUGCAAUAAUUUAUUUUAUCUAAAUUAGUAUUACUUGUGUAAAAAUUCUUUUCUAAUAUUCGACACUGACAAUUAAAAAAAAACGGUCUAAGAUUAAAAAUGCAAUAUUAGACCAGUAAAUUUUCAUGACAAAAUCCUCAUUUUUCUCAACUACAGAAAUGUUUAAUAAAUUAAAACAUAAAUGUUGAAAAUACUGAUGCUAUUCAAGGUGCUUUGAGGGCGAUGUUUGUUCCGCUACUGUUCCUUUUUAUUUUUUAUUUUUUUUUGUUAUUAAAAAUACAUUAGCAUUUUCUCAUUUCUGUAUGAAAUGCAAAGAUUUAUGCGUUUGUAAAAUAUUGUGAGCUACAAUGAAUAACUUUUGUUUUGUAAAUACGAUUUUAACAACUUAGUGAUUAAAAUCCAGUUAUUCCCAGCGCACAAUAACCUUUGUUUUGAAAACAUAUUUUUAACAUUUCAGUAAGAGUAAAUGAAACUCAGAUCUAGUCAUCUCGCUCUAUCUCAAAGGUAAAUUUGAAAAGAUGUUUACAAACAAAAGUUAUUGUGCGCUCGGCAAUAUAAUAAGCAGCACUCAAUAACUUUUGUUAGUCUUAUUUGUAGUAUUUAAACUACAAAUAAGAGCGAGUGAGAUAACUAGAGAGAAAUUUCACUCCCUCUGUCACUAAAAUGUCAAAAACUUGUUUACAAAACCAACGAAACUGGUUUUUGACGUCCCAGUUAUGCCCAAUGCACAAUAACUCUCGUUUGUAAAUGUUUUGAUAAUUCUCUAUGAGAGUGAGCGAGAUGACUAGAGAUUAUGUGUCAUUUACUCACAUUGGAAUAUCAAAAACAUGUUCACAAAACAAAAGUUGUUGUACGCUUGACAUUAUGACCAGUGCACAAUAACUUUUGUUUGUAAACAUGUUAUGAAAAUUUCUUAUGAGAGAGAGAGAGAGUGUGAGCUAACUAGAUUUCAGUUUUCGAGCACUAUGCCCAGAGCACAAUAACUUUUCUUUAGUAAACAUGCUAUUGACAUUUCAGUGAGAGUGAGUGAGAUCAAAAUCUAGUCAUCUCGCUCAUUCUCGUAGUCAGUUCCAAAAACAUGUUUGCAAAACAAAAGUUAUUGUACGUUGUUCAUUAUGACCAGCGCACAAUAACGUUUGUUUAUAAACUUGUUUUCAAAAUUUCCAAUGAGAGUGAACGAGAUGACUAGAUCUAGAUCUCACUCACUCUCAUUGAAAUGUCAAAAACAUGUUUACUGAAAAAAAGUUAUUGUACGUUGUGCAUUACGCCCAAUGAACAGUUUUCUUUUUAUUUAUUGUAAAUAUGAUUUCAAAAUUCCUGGGAGAGUGAGCGAUAUGAAUAGGACUCGCUCACUCUCAUAGGCGGUUUCGAAAGCACGUUUACAAAAUAAGAAUUAUUGUUCGCUGGGUGUCCAAUACCAAUAAUUUUAGUUUUAUAAACGUGUUUCUGAAAAUACGCGUUUCUGAAAAUAGAGAUUUACAUUUCAAUCUCUCUCACUGAAAUGUCGAAAACAGGUUUACAAUUCCUGGGGGAGUGAUCGAGAUGGACUAGACUUAGAUUUCUUUCACUCUCACAGAAUUUCCAAAAAUAUGUUUACAAUAUAAAAGUUGUUGUGUUCAGCUCUUUAUAAGGACCAACACACAAUAACUUUUGUUUUGUAAACAUGUUUUUCAUAUUUCAAUAAGAGUGCAUGAAAUUUACAUCUAGUUAUCUCGCUCACGCUCCUAGGAAUUGUCAACCUGUUUUCGACAUUUCAGUGAGAGAGAAUUAAAUGUAGAUCUAGUUAUCUCUUUCACUAUUCUAAGUAGUUUUGAAAACACGUUUACAAAACUAAAAUUAUUAGGCGUUGGACAUUCAGUGUAUAAUAAUUAAUUUCUAUUUUGUAAAUGAAUUUUCGAAACUGUGUAUAAGUAUGAGCAAGAUGACUAGAUCUACAGUUCACUCAUUCUGAUUGAAAUGUCAAAAACAUGUUUACUAAACAAAAGUUAUUGUGCGUUGGGCAUAAGGAGUGUCACACAAUAAUUUUUAUUUUAUAAAAAUGUGUUUGACAUUUCAGUGAGAGUGUAGGCAAUUUCGAUUAGAUGUUUAUAAAGCAAAAGGCAUUGUAUGUUGACCACAAUGAACAGCACACAACAAUCUUGACUUGUAAUCUUGUUUUCGAACCCUCAUAUGAGAGUGAGCAAGAUAACUAGUGUUAGAUUCUAUUCACUUUUACUGAAAUGUCAAACAUUUCGUUUGCGAACAAAUAUAUCAAUUAAUAUCAUGGUAUUAUUCAUAAUUGGCAAUGCACAUUUGCUUUAGUUUUAUGAAAAUAAUAUUUGACAUAUUAGGCUAAGGUUAGUGAAAUCUAGGUCUAAUUGUCUCGAUUACUCUCAUUUGCAAUUUUGCUAACACCCACAUACGUAACUUCAAAAACAAGUUUACAAAACAAAAGUAAUUGUGCGUGCGCCAUUACUUUUAGUUUACUUGCCAUUUUUGACAAAAUAGCAAUGAUAGAACAUUUUUUAAUGCAAUUCCAAAAACAUGAUAAAAAUAAAAUUACCAAGAAAGUAUUACGAAACCUACGAAACCAAGCAUGUGGCAAGUUAAUUUUUUGGAGCUAUUUGAAGCCAAUUCCUAAAUUGAUCUCGGACUCUGCUCACAGUGCUCCGAGGAAUAAAUUUAUUUAAACAAAAAUUUAGUAUAUUUAUCCCUCCAUACGGAAAGGUAUCUUGUAAUACAGAAAAGCUUCUCACUUUUUUGUUAUUUAGUCUCAUUUUCGGGAGUACAAAAAAACUCCCAUAUAAAUUUAUAUCGAAGUAUGAGAAAGUGGCUUCAAAUGUAAGAGAACUUGCCAGGGGCGUGUACGAAACGAUUAAGGCGUAUACCCAAGUAGCAUUUUUUGACAUAUCACCAAAUUAUAGCUUCAAAUACUACUUUUAUGACAAACAUAACCUGAAAGUACAUUGAAUAGUAUUUCUAUCUGAUGUGUAAAAACACGAAAAAAAAACUCAAUACAUAAAUGUAAUAACUCUCAAUACAGUUUGAAACAUGGAGAAAAGACAUCGUGAAAUAUUCUUUAGAAUAUUCUAUUACAUAGAUAACCUUAAAGUGAUCCUCACAAGAUUUAUGGAAUAAAAUUUAUUGACAUAAAUAGCGAAAAGAUUGUUCAAUAUUGUAUUUAAAAAAAUCUAUAUAUAUAUAUUUUAAAUGAAGAAAAAAAACACCUAUAAAAAAUGUAACGAAGAUACCAUAUUUAUUUUGGAUCAAUUGAAUAAUGGAAAAAAACUACAGAAAAAAAAUCCAAACUAAAGGCGAAAGACAUGGUCAAAUUGUAAUUAUUUGAUAACGAAGUAAUUUCAUGUAAAACUAUAGUGAAAUUUUAACUAGGAAUAUAAUGAGGAGUUAUAUAAACCAAUUUAUUGAGAUGUAGCAGAAAAAGAAAGUUCUACAUGGCCGGUGGUGUGCAAUAUUUUUUAUUAAACCAAAUUGUAACAUGAGACUGCCUCGUGUGUGGUUAAAUAACCAAAAAGAGUUUCAAGAAUUUUUCAUCAACUUUUACUCUCUCAACUGAAAUAUUUAGUUGUCCAAAAAAGUUUUAUUUCGAAUAAUUUUCCUGAAAUUUUUCUCAGGUUUCACCACCACAAAAUAAACUUCUCUAUUUUGUCCAUUAGAAAAACAAAUUAUUUACCAGGAAAUUCUGUAUACGUAGUUAUAUAACCGAAACUUCUGUUGAAAAACAGAAAAUGCAGAAAAAAAUUAUAAAUAAACUUUUUAGUCUGAUUUCUCUACUUCAAAUAAAAUUGUUAUAUCGAAUUAGAUGAAAAAAGAGAGUGAAAGGAUGUGAAAAAAGGGGUCAAACCAGAAGAAAAACUCCUUGUUUUUCUCCUCUUAUACAUCAACAUCAAGAGUAAUAAUAAGGAAAAAAGAUGAAAAUUAAUUGCAAUUCUUAUUUGUUUCGGAUAAAUUAAUGUAAAAGGAGAAACUAUUUGCAGAUUGUAGGAUAAAUAAAAUGAAAUUUCAUAAGAA